ACAGUGGACACACAAAGAAUUUCGGCAGCACAACACGAGGAUCAGCCAGAAGCAGGAGAAGAAACAUCCACGGCUCCUGUCACUUGUGUGUCACUUUGGCUAAGCACUACCAAUGACUUUGUCCUCCAGUUUCCUCCUGUAACCAAACGAUUACACAUUACAUUGCAAGAACACAGAAGUGGGAUCAGCAUGGCCCACCAGGCAACCCCUAGUUCUCAGAAGGCCCUGAUGAUGGAGUUGAAGUCCCUACAGGAGCAGCCGGUGGAGGGCUUCCGCAUCACUCUGGUUCAGGAGUCCGAUCUCUACAACUGGGAAGUUGCCAUCUUUGGGCCACCAAACACCCUGUAUGAGGGAGGCUACUUUAAGGCUCACAUCAAGUUCCCAGUUGACUACCCGUAUUUACCACCAACCUUCCGUUUCAUCACCAAGAUGUGGCACCCCAACAUUUAUGAGAACGGUGAUGUGUGUAUCUCCAUCCUGCACCCUCCUGUUGAUGAUCCACAGAGUGGGGAACUGCCUUCAGAAAGAUGGAAUCCAACCCAGAAUGUCAGGACCAUCCUGCUUAGUGUCAUCUCUCUACUCAAUGAGCCAAACACCUUUUCCCCUGCGAAUGUGGAUGCUUCGGUAAUGUUUCGCAGAUGGAGGGACAGCAAAGGCAAGGAUAAAGAGUAUGCAGAGAUUAUCAGAAAACAAGUGAUGUCCACAGCAGCAGAUGCCGAGCGAGAUGGCGUCAAGGUGCCAACCACGCUGGCGGAGUACUGCGUCCAGACCAGGGUUCCUUCCCAGGACAGUAGCUCAGACCUUCUCUACGAUGACCUUUAUGACGAUGACAUGGAGGAGGACGAGGAGGAGGACGACGAGAGCGAGAUGGAGUCUAUAGGGGAAGCUGGAGCAAUAGGUGUUGUGGAGGACGGUGGGACGUCCAACAGAUGUUAUGACGACCAGGAUGACUCUGGCAACGAAGAGUCAUGAUGAGCGGUAUCAUUACUGCUCCUUGCCAACUCCCCACAUCCCCUGCCUCAUUUGUGUGUGUGUGUGUGUGUGUGUGUGUACAGUGGGGUCAAAAGUCUACUGCCAAAAACUUUUCAUCAUCUAUUAAACAAUUAGUCAAAUAAUGUCUCACCUAUACUAAGAUUUCACUAAAAUGGUUUGUUGUUGAGUCACCGUUUGCCUUAAUUACAGCUUGCACUCAGUCCUAUACAAAUGUAUUGCAGAAACGAUUCAUCGUUGCUUGAACGCACCCCAAAUAGUGUUCAUGAUUUGGGGCUAUAUUCAGGUUCCCCCCCUCCCCCCCUUUUUUAAAAAUCUUGUCAUUUAAGGGCGAUUGAGACGCUGUCCUUCUAAACAUACUCAAAAAUGUUUCUUUUUUUUUUUUUUUUUUUUUUUAAGAAUUCACAUUCUGGGGAAGCAGUGUGAUGAGAUUUAAUACACUAACUGAAACAAAGAUUCUGCCCUUAAAAUAAGACAAUAAGGCUCCGUUUUGACUGACUGUCAAAGGAUACUUUUACAAAUGUUUAUUGUGGUGUAGAACUGCACUGUAUCAAACUAAAAACGUAAUACAGGGUGUCCACAGAGUAACUAUACACUUAAUUUUUUAUUCCUUUAUUCUUCGGACAUAUGUGAGGCCCUCAUCAUAUGACGGCUUAGGCUUUGCAGUUUUGUAAGAAUAUCCUUCCCUUGCCCUUCCCAAUUGACACUGGAACAGUCUUGCAAAAUUGCCACCUGAAGUUUUUCUGUCCCCAAUUGGAGUUCAGCACCAGUUUGAAAAGCUUUAUGGCUGUAACGCUGCUUCAACGUAGUGGAAUUUACACAAUCCAUGGCAGGUUUCUGGAAACAGGAUCUGGUCUUGACAAGUCACUAAGGCAUGCCACUACCACCGCUGAUGAAAACACUGAACUUCAAGAACCACCGUUAACCCAAACUAAGAGAAAGUCUAUCCAGAGGCGUGGAACUCGCCACUAAAUCAAGCUUUCAUUGAUGCUGAGUUUCAGUGAAGCCCUUCGGAUAGACUUUCCCUGGCUGUGCGAACGCCUGCUCUAGUGGUUCAGUGUUUUCAUCAGUGGUGGUAGUAGAAGACCUUCUGACGCAUGAUUUGUCCAGAACAGAUCCUGUCAUUUUGCAAUGCUGUGUCAAUGUCAAUUGGCAAGCCAUGGACAAGGGAAUACUGCUCACAAAUGCUAACAAAAACUGCAAACCCCAAGCUGUCAAAUGCUGAUGGACGUACGUGUCUGAAUGAUAUCUGAAAGAAAAUAGAAAAACUGAAAUAUGGUCACUUUUAGGACAACCUGUAUAUUGUCCCUCAGCUAAAUAAGGUAUCCAAAACUGUCAAUGAGCAUUGUCUUUUCAAUGGAAUAUUUUUUGAUUCAGUUUGUCAUCACAUUUUGCAGGUGUAUUUAACAUGUAGGCUGAUGAGUGUGAUCAGUUGGACCAUUAUCAAAGUUAUUACUGACAUUUAUGUCUUAAAAGUAAUGCCUUGUCUGCCAAUGUAGUGAAUCUUAGUAUUUGAUAAAUGAUGAAAACAAUGGCCCAGUCGUGUUCUCUCCAGACCCACUGUUUGUUGUAUGUCUGCUUUCGUGUUAAACACCAUCCCCCAUGUCUCUCCUUGUCACUUUUUUAUGUCCUCCUAAGUGUGCGCGCGUGUUGAUUUUUCCAGGAAUGAGCAUAAACAGUGUGGCAAAUGGACAAACCACAAAGGAGGCCAGCCAGACAGUUUCUCAUGGCAGUAUACCUGCUCACGUCUGUCUUUUCGAUGCAAUCAGCUAAACUGUGUUGCUGUGCCCUGUCCACAGGAGCGUCCAUCACCACUAAUUCCUCAAAAGGGGUGAGCAAGCUGAAGACUUUCUCUGCACCUCUCUCUGCCUCUUAAACCUCAGGGCCUCUAUAGACUUUCUCUGAGAGAGGAAAAAGCAACAAGAGACUCACAAGCUGGUCACCUCAAGUCAAUUUUCAAGUUUUCAUUUUCUUUCUUGGUUUUAAGAGGGCAAAUGGUAGCCUUCAAUCCCACAAUUUGAGUGUUUACAAGUGUUGAUGUUAGUGCUAAUUAAAGGUUGCUUUUUUUACCCCCCAAAUCACCAAAAUCCUGUUAUAAGCAGAGGGUUUUUUUCCUCCAAAGGCUGCUCACAUGGUGUUAUUAUUGACAUGAAAUGUUACACGUUUACACCCAAACGCUUUUGUGUUUAGAUGCAAUUUCAGUUAAAAUACAGCACCAGUACUGUGCUGAACCACGGUCCAUUCUACCACCUGUCAAUCAGGACAGUAGUCAAAAUGCAGCUUCGUUUGCAUUUGAACGAAAACGACAAUGUGUGACGUGUGCACUUACAUUUACAGGUGGUAUUAAGUAGGACACUCAUAAUUUUGUCCAUGCCUCUGUAGAACUGGUUCCAUCGCUUGAUUCGGUUUGCUCUCACUUUUUGUGUUUGCAGUGCAGAACAUUUUAAGAUGCAUUCAGAGGCUGGGCAUUGGGCACAUCUGGCUGGAUUUUUUUUUUGCCAAGGAAUUAAAGUAAUCAUUUCAUUUCUCAAGUGGAGCAACAGAUUUCUAAGCUGUUAAGAGACACUUUGAUUUGAAUGUGAAACCAAAGGAGUGAAACUCACUGAGACAAAAUGAGGAAAUCAAGCCCUAAGGUGGAUCAUGAAUGGAACUGAUAUCGUGACACAAUGGAAAUGGAGUGAUACCUGCCUGACAUUCUGUUCUAUACUCUCCCCGAUGUGAUAUAUAUAUUUUUCAAUCCAUGAUGAGAACAUCUCAUAUCUUAUGUGCGUCUGUUGAAUGUGAAGCUGAACUACCAUAACUUGCACAGCCUGCUUCUGUCUUAAAAAGACUAAAGCAACUAUAGGGAUAAUGAUAAAGGUCAUGUGACCAAUUGGGAUGAUGGGUCUGGGCUGAUGUUUGGCAUUUUCUUAGAGCAGUGAACGCUAACUGGCUCUUGGCAGUUUUUCUUUACUAAUAGCCAUAUAUGGUAGUGGUUUCAAGAAAACAGGACAAUUUCUCAAAAUUACACCAAAAUGUUUAAAACUUUAGAGUCAGCAGUGCUGAUUAGAAGUCCUUAGUGUAUGACCACAUAAAUCCAUCAGCUCACCAUUGCUUUACUUCAUUGUCCACCUUGUUUUUGUACUGAUGACUAAUUGAAGGAAUUCCCGAGCUCAAUUGAAGAAACUAAUCCCAAACUCCCUUUUCACGGACAGAACAAUUUACGUCGUUUGUUUGAUUUCCCCCCCAGUUGACACCACAUGAGAUCCUCAUGACGAUGUCACCUGGUCUCACAGGCACCUAUAGGACUGCAUCUUUGAGUGUGUCCACACCUAUUGAUGUUGAUUGCUGUAUGUGUUUGGCUUUUUCUUUAUUUUGUCCACUAGUGUGUUGUUCCUAUUGAGGAUGCAAGUGUCACUGAUAAAAAAUUCAAUUGUACUCAAAAUUCCAAUAUUUUGUUUGGGCCAUAUAGUUCUGCGUUAAGCCCACAAGACAUACAAAUACACUACACGAGUUGUUGGUUUUUGAGGGGUUAAAAUAAGGGUUGACUUGCAAAAUGAGGCACAGUCAGUGUGGUAACAUUUGGAAUUCAUCAAUAAAACAGUAUGCUAUUGAACACUGUAUGUAGUCAUACGUAAUGGUUUUACUCUUUGCAGAUGUUGAAUAUAAUUAAAUGGCUGGUGAACUGGGCAGCACGUAGUAGUAGUGGUUAUCAUGUGUGCCUCACAGUCCAGAGCUCUGGGGUUCGAAUAUUAGCUCCGGCACUCGUGUGGAG